CCCAACUUCACAACACACACAGCCAUGCCUCGCAUCAAAGCCCCCUCAAACCUCCCUGAGCUUGUCAAAUCGACUUUCACAAAAGCUCGCUCAGAGGGUGAUUUGCAUUAUUUCCCCACUCAAGUCGCCAUCCUCAAUGUUGAUUCCAUCCCCUUCCAACUCCGCUUCUCGCCUUCCUUGGCAAACAAACCUAAGCCGCCGCCAAAGGACCUCAACAAACCUCAAAAGCCGUUUGACCCUUUUGAGAACCCUCUACCGGCUCUCAAGGUCACAGAUCUUGGCCCCUCCCACUAUCUCGUGCUGAACAAGUUUGCUGUUGUUCCCGAGCACUUCAUUCUUGCCACGACAGAGUUCAAGCCCCAAACUGAUGUCCUCGAAGAGUCUGACCUUGAGGCCACACUCGCUUGCAUUGAGGCAUAUGAAGCUGCCAGAAGAACCGAAGCAGAGCAAGGCCACCGCGAUGGCACACUCGGCGGCGGUGAUGGCCUCUUUGCUUUCUUCAACUGCGGUGACCACUCUGGUGCCAGCCAACCUCAUCGUCACAUCCAACUCCUCCCCAUCGCCAGAAUGAAGGAUGGCUUCGAGGCUGACACUCCUUGGACUGUUCUCGCCGAUCAACUCAAAACCAAAAUCGCUCCCUUUGCUACCUUUGCCGAAGACAUCAAGCUUGGCAUGUCUGGUGCAGACUUGCACUCCACUUAUCUCCGACUCUACCGCAAAGCCUGCCGGGCUGUUGCUGUUUACACCAAAGAUCCUCUUCAUACCGAAGAAGCACCCGCCGAGGGUCCCACAAGGAUCAGUUACAACCUUGCUAUGACCAAAGACACUCUCGUUGUCUGCCCCCGCCUGGCAGAGGGCGUUAAGCUCCAAAGCCAGGACGGUGAUGUACUUGGUACCGUCUCCCUCAACGGCACCCUUCUUGCCGGCACAGCACUGGUCAAGAACGAGUUGGAGUGGGAAGCUCUCAAGAAGGAUCCCGAUACGCUACGCAACGUCCUACGAGACAUCGGAGUGCCAAACACAUUUGAUAAUGGCGGAGCGCUUCGCUUGUAG